AUGGGCUCCAUAUCCUAUUUCACGGAUUCCCCUCCGAGCCCACCCUCAACCGAACACGUCCUGGCCGCCCUCGACAACGUCCAAACUCGCGGCUACCACUGCCGAGCCCUGCUCCUCCCCUGGCCACACUCCCUCUGCGCAGCCAUUCUCGAACCAGCCCUCAUCCGCACUCUCCUCCCCGACUUCUCUUUUCUCGCUUCCUUUCAGCUCGGCCCCGCCUCGGCCGCUUCCUCGCCCAUUGACCGUCAGCACAACGUCUAUGAUCUGUCUGAUGACCACGAUGAUGUCGACCCUCGGGAUCCCGACCCCUAUUCCGAUCCUAGACCUCUUCACCUCCAUCACCCAUCCAACCCCAACCGGAGCUUUGCCUUGCAACAGCUCAGUCAACUGACAGAAGACAACAUAAUGUUCUUGUACCCUGAAGGCAGGGACGGUCCUACUUACCUCCUCAGGUCCGGCCCCAAUGCACGCCUCGUACGUGCUCCAGAAGAGCACUAUGCUGACGGUGACGGUGAUAACGACGACAACGAUGGCGAAGCAUACACCGCCGCCCACAGGCUGCGACUCUACCACCGCUUCCCAACCCAGACUCCAGAAGACGCCGUCCGGCAAAUGAUCACUCACCACGAAGAGGAAAGGCUGGAAAUAACCUUUGAGGAACUAAUCCGGGGCCAGGACUGGGGAUCCCAUCCUUAUCCCCUCCUCGUCCCUGGCGUUUGUUUCCGAAUUCCCGACCCAGCGGAUCGUCGUCGGGUAGAUGUGAUGACCGUCCAGCGCAACAGGCUUCUUCGAAGCAGCGGAAGCGGGUUAUCCUCAGAAGCAACGGGAAUGGUCUUGGGAAUUGCGAUACACCAGGUUUUGGCGGAUGCGACAGGCGUCGAUAUUAUCAUGUCAAGGUUGAGGAGGGAAAUUUGGAGAGAGUAG